ACCACCACAUAGCACACUGCCUGGAAGAGCUGGAGGCUGAACCCUAGAGGUGUACCUUGAUGUAUCUCCACCUCAGCUAUCAGUCUCUCGUUGAUCUCCCUCAUUAAAAAGUUUCAAUAAAUGUGAAACAUCUUGAAGCAUCAUCGAGACACUUAUCAGAGAGUAAACACAUCAUGGAGUCAUCAGAACUACAAGAGCAGCUUCAGACAAGUGAGAAACCAUAUGAAUGUAUUGACUGUGGAAAGACUUUUGCCAAGAAUAGUGAUCUGAAGAGACAUACAAUGAUUCAUACCGGUGAACGACCCUUUGUGUGUGAAGUUUGUGGAUUAGGAUUUAUAGAAAGAGUAAAACUAACUGUGCACAUGAGACAUCAUACAGGAGAAAGACCAUUUAAAUGCAAAGAAUGUAAUAAAGCCUUUAUUAAGAAGAGUGAUUUGAAGUAUCAUACUAAAACUCAUUUUGGGGAAAAGAACUUCAUCUGUAAUGAAUGUGGUAAAGGAUUCCUUAAGAACAGUGACCUUAAGAGGCACAUGAGGCUCCACACAGGUGAUAAGCCAUUUGUGUGUUCAUUAUGUAGUGCAUGCUUCACAGAGAGUGCAAAACUAAAAAACCACUUCAUGGUUCACACCGGUGAAAAGCCACUUGAAUGUAAAGAGUGUGGGAAGAGGUUUGCCCAGAAUUCAGCUCUGCGGAGACACAUGAGGGUUCACACUGGAGAGAGACCAUACGUGUGUGAAGUGUGUAGUCGUAACUUUAGCCAGCGACACAUAUACAAAAGUCAUAUGAAACGUCACGUUGUGGCAGUUGGAACUCCAGAUAAAACCAGCCAAGAAGAAAGUGACUCACAAAAUAUAAUUUCUUCCCCAACAAUCAGUGUGAUUUUUAACCCAACAGGUGAUGCUCUUGCUGAUAAGAGUGUGUUUAUCACAGGAGAGAACCUCAGGUCAGAGAGCAGUAAAGGUCAGGAAGAAGUUACAGAUUCUUCAAAGUUUUUACAAGUGGAUGUUAGUGUUAAAGAUGAGGUGAUUCACUUUUAUGAUGACUGUGUUGUGUGUCAGAAUGAUCUCGGUGUUUGAAUUUUUGGUCUUGCAUACCAUCAAUGCAUCUUGUGUCUCACUCAAUAUGUAGCAUAUGCUAGUUACAUCCUGUACUGUGGGCUGGCACCUCUUGUAUAACAGAUGGUGGGAGAACAAGGAGAAGUAGCAACCAGUACGACUCCAUGGCUUAAUUAAUAGUACUGUGUACUCCCAGUCAGACCAUAGCCAAGUAAGUUGAAGUGUUAUUUGGCUGCAGCAGACACUUGAGUUGACUGCCAGGUACUGAACCACCCUGGGCUAUGGUAACCCUUCUCACAUAGGAGCUGCUACCCUAUAAACUGUGGCAAACAGACAGUGUGAAGGAUGUUAACUAUAAUUCUGUAGAAUGAGUAAAACUUUUAUCUUACAGCUACAGGAUAUUUGUAAUUUUUAUGAAUAAAAGAAUUGCAUUUAUUUCAUGAAUAUAAUACACACGUUUAUGUAUACAGUAUUUAAUUAAUGCAAUCCAAGCUUUUUUCGCUGUAAUGUUGGGUGGCUGGACACUGGACAGGUGGUGAUUUUCUGAUUCUUAGCAGGCAGCAGCUAGUGGGUUGCUUCACCUGUGAUAGUACGUCAGUCCACUCGAGUUUUUUUUUUUUUACUAUUAGCACAUGCACUAAAAAAUGUAGACACUUAUUUUGAAAUGCACAAGUAGGGAACCUGACUCAACAGUUGAACCCACGACCAUUCACUGUCAGGGCAGAUGGUCUACAGAGUCACUUGUAUAUAUACAUAGCAUAUCUCAUAUACACUGUAUUGUAUGGGUAAAUAAUGGUGAUGUAGACUUUCACAACUGUGUUAGUUCUUGCUUGUUUUUGUCACAGCUCAUUGUUAAAGACAUUAUUGGUACAGUACUGUAUUCUAUGACUGAAAGCCAUUAUGUCAUUCUUUAAUAUAUACACGCAUAGUAUAUACUAUUGUACUUCACUAGCUGCUGCGGUGUGAGCUAACUUGCUCAACAUAUUAGUGCAGCUUUAAGGUGGUGGCACACUGGGCACUUUCCUCUGAACAUGUUGCCCAUUUUGCUGGGUGCUGGCCGACGGCCCAGCAAGCAGCAGGAUUUUGGCUGUUGCGAGAAAUGGACAACGGUUUGGCGGCGACAUUUGCUGGACAGAAAGCUCAAAUGAGCUUCAUAUUAGUUGUUGAAUAUUCAAGUAAAAUUUAAAUAAAUCAUAAAACAAUAAUAAUUUAAAAUAUAACACUUAAAACGGUGACAUGUUUCUAUAUAUUCGUCUUCUUUGACCAGCCAACCGCUGCCACUUGGAAACAAACUUCACAACACACCUAUUGUCUUUUCUUUAGCUUUUGCAGAUGCCUCACUUGCUUCAGCAAUUGAAGAAUUAUAGCACAAUCCUGCAAGGCCUCAGCUGUAGUAACGGGAUCCAUGGCAAAUCUCGUUUAGUUGCUAAGCUGUUGUUUUUGUUGCGUUGGGCAGACGUGCCAGCAAAACAUCCCAGUGUGACGCAAAUGUGUCUUUGUUUUGCUGGCCGGACCAUAUUUGCCCAACAUGUUGGGAGGAAAAGUGUCCAAUGUGUCCACUGCCUUUACAUGAUUAUGUACUGUACAUUAAACAAAUCUGAGAUGUAGAAUGGAAUUAUGCCUGUAACUGAA